AUGUCAAGUAAACAAACAUUUGACAUAAUUUUAAAGUUCUGUAAAAAGAAAAAUGACUUUUCACCAACAACUCAAUCUCAACUAGACUUUGCUUAUGCAAAAGAAAGGGCAACAAAUUAUCGAGAAAUUGUCGAUACAAUGAUUAUGAAAGAAAUAGACCAACAAAAAUUUACGUUAUUAGAAUCACUUGCUAGUGUAAGUGAUUUAGAAGAAUCAUUUGAUAAAAUUAAAGAAGAUAUGUGUGCAUUAUCUGAAAGAUUAAAACAAACACAAAAGAAUGUAAGAUGGUUAAUGUUAGGAAAUAUGAAGGAAUAUCAAAAAUAUCAAAAUAUAAGAAUUGUUAUUGAUAAAAUGCAUUCAAUAAAUGAAGUUAUUUCAGCUGUAAAUGAAGUACAAGAUUUAGUUGAAGAAAAAGAAUACAAAAAAGCAAUUCAAAAAAUUGAAAUGGCAUUAGAUGUUAUUGACUGUAAAUUAGCAGGAAUUAGAUGUAUUAGUAAAUGUGAUUUUUAUCUUAAACAAACAAGGUCUCAACUAGAGAAGUUUUUAAAAAAUCCAGAAAAAUUUGUAUUUGAAUUAUUUAAUAGAAUUCAAUUAGUAGAUGAAGUUACAUAUGAUUUAAAAAGAAAAACAAUUAAAGAAGAAUUUAAAGACUUAAUGCCACAGUUAAUUGGAUUGUUUAAAACAAUUGUUGGAAGUACUAAAAUGGAAGGAUUUAUUGAGAAGUAUUUAAAAAGUAUUGAAAAUAUAAGACAAGACAUUUGUUAUGCAUGUUUACCAUUAGAGUUUUUAAAGAAAGAAGAAUAUUUAACAUUAGCUAUGACUAAACAAAAUGAUAUUGAAUUACCAUUAGAAAGAAAUUAUAAUUUAAAAAACUUUAUAAUGAAAUUAAAUGUAAAAGAAUUUAGUAAUUAUUUCUUUAAUAUUUUAAAUAAAUUUGGAGAAAUGGAAUUACGAGCAUUUCUUGUAUUUGAUGUUUAUAAAGAAGUUAAAAAAGAAGAAAAGGUAAUUGAAAGUGAUGAAUUAAUGUUAAAAAUAAAUGAAAGAAUUGAAGAAACAAUAAUGGAAUAUUCAAUGUUAUUAUUAUCAUAUGCAAAUUUAAGAAAUAUUAAAAGAGAAGAAUAUAAAGAAUUUGAAGAACGAUAUAUUAAAACUAUUGAUCUGUUACAAACAAUUUCAAAUGGAACAUUUGAAAAAUUACAUAAAAUAAGAUCCACCUUCUUUCAAAUGUAUUUUAGUACUUUAUAUAUUUGUGGAUUUGAUGAAAUGCUUAAAAUUAUUAAAAUUGAAACGUUUGUUGCUUUAAAUGAUUCAACUAAUGUUAUUGAUCUUAUUACUAAACUAUCUCAAAUUAUAAAUCCAAGUGAUAUCUCUUGUAGAACUUUAAAAGUACAAGACAAAAUACUUCGUUAUCAAGGAGAAAAUUAUAUGAUUAUUGGUUGCUUAGAUAAUGUCGCUGCUUUUACUGAGUCAUUUUUAGAUGGAUUUUCAACAAAUGAUUCAACUGUAACUGAUAUGAUCUUUGAAAAAUCUAAUCAAGUCUUUAAAACUUGGAUAGAUAUCUAUUGUAUUCUUAAUGAAAUUAACUGA